AUGAUUUUACUUAUUGAGCAGUAUACGAUUCAAUUAUCAAAAGGAUUGAUACUUUGUAUUAGUAUUCCUUUGGUUGUAUUAUUUAUAAUUGAUUUAUUGACUUAUUCAUUGAGUCUAAUUCUCAAAACAUUAAAUAAUUCAAUUUAUUUGCAGCACGGCAGUCAUUUGAUAUAUAAUUUGAAGAUUUUCAAUAUACUUAACGAAAAACAAUACUCGUCUUUCAUUAUCAAGAAUAACUUAUCCAAUGUUAAGUUGAUUAAUCAGAAUAUUAAUAAAUGGGCUAACGAUUCGUUAAAUUGCUGGAACAAUUUAAAAAACUUUACCAAAGUUGAAUUGAAAAAGUCUGCCAAUUAA